CAUUUUGUGAUUUUGUUAUUUGCAUGUCUGUUGGUGGUUUAUUGUUUUGUCGAAUAGAAAAUAGGAAUUAUACGAAAUAUUCAACUUGUGAAAAAAACAACACUGUUGGAAGAAAUAAAGUAUUUAUAAAUGGAUUGUUACGGCUAUCCCGCAUUUCCGUACAACCAAUCGGAUGAACUGGCUAAACAAAUGUUUGCACAGCAAGCCCUUGCUUCCCGUGGGCCUUAUCGUGGUAUACCAGGAGCCCAUGACAUGCCGGCUCCCUCGGGAGCUCCGUGGAAUAUCCACGGCCUGCCAUGGACCAUGCAGUCUCCGCCGAACCUUGUUCAGUUCACAGCACAAACGCCCACAAUAACCAAAGUGACUCCAAUCGUCCAUUGUAAAAGAAAGAGUUUAGAUCUUGAACCGGUAAUUCCUCCAAAACAGUUUAUAACUGAAGAAAAAAUGGCAGCCCAUCUUAGCAGUCUCCACAUAUCAUCAAACUACACACAGCACUCACUGGCUUCUGAGGAUGUGAUGGAAGUUGGAAUAGAUACAAGUACACUCUGUGAAAAGCUGAAGGGUCACACUAUUGUCCUCUCUGAAGAUGUCAAGAAAGUUCAAGAAGAACCUAUUCUGCCUGCUGCUUUAAUUGAAAGAUUGCAAAAACCUCAAAUGUCCUUAGUAGUGUGGCAGCCCAGAGAAAAUGUAUUAGAAAAAAUCAAAGAGGAGACAGAUAAACAACCUGAUGAUGAAGAGACACCAAAAAAAAGAAAUGGUGUCCUUGUACCAGAACAUUCUAGAAUGGAGAUGGAAAUGUGAUACUAUUAUUGGAGUAAGAUUUAAUUUUUAUUGUAAUAUUACAUGUAAGCUUUAAAGUUAAGGUGAUAGAAAUAAGGGGCUGAUUUUGGUCUUUGACCUGUCAUUUCAUACGAAACUAUUCAAAUAUUCAAGGGGUGAAAGUCCUGAAAGGCCAAGCAAUGCUUUGCAAAUGUUCUUGGGUCCGCUACCCAUGAACAUGUGCAGAUGUCAGAUCACUUAACAUCAGGUGACCCUCCUGCUUGUUUACUCGCUAUUUUUAUUUAACAAUUGCUGUUAACUUGACACUUAUUUGGGGAUGGUAUGCUGCGACUUUAAAUGCCAAAAUUAUCAAGUCAUAGAAGUGUGAGCAAUUAUUUCAUAAAUAAACACAAUU